CGGGCCGCCCCAGACGCGGGCAGAGCUCCGACUCGCCGCCCGAAGCGACCCGGCUCCUCCUCCGUCGCCUCCUGCAACCGCGCUCCGCAGCGAUGGACGGAGACGGGGACCAAGGGGAGCUGAACCUCAGCACCAUCAGAUGGCCAGAGAGCGUGGGCCAGGCUGAGGAGGCGAGCCUGGAGGAGGCCUGCACCGAGGGGGAGCAGCCCGGCGAGGAGCAGGAGGAGCUGGAGGAGGCCGCGUACCUGGCCGAGCUGCCCGAGGCGCUGCUCCUGCGCGUGCUGGCUGAGCUGCCCGCCGCGGAACUGGUGCAGGCCUGCCGCCUGGUGUGCCUGCGCUGGAAGGGGCUGGUGGACGGCGCCCCGCUGUGGUUGCUCAAGUGCCAGCAGGAGGGGCUGGUGCCGGAGGGCAGCGGUGAAGAGGAAGAGCGCGACCACUGGCAGCAGUUCUACUUUCUGAGCAAGCGGAGGCGCAACCUGCUACGCAACCCGUGCGGGGAAGAGGACUUGGAGGGCUGGUGCGACGUGGAGCACGGUGGGGACGGCUGGAGGGUGGAGGAGCUGCCCGGGGACAGUGGGGUGGAAUUCCCCCAGGAUGACAGCGUCAAGAAGUACUUCGCCUCCUCUUUCGAGUGGUGUCGCAAGGCACAGGUCAUUGACCUGCAGGCUGAGGGCUACUGGGAGGAGCUGCUGGACACCACCCAGCCGGCCAUCGCGGUGAAGGACUGGUACUCAGGCCGCUCUGACGCCGGCUGUCUGUACGAGCUCACCGUGAAGCUGCUGUCCGAGCACGAGGAUGUGCUGGCCGAGUUCAACACCGGGCAGGUGGUAGUGUCCACGGACAGUGAGGAAGGUGGCUGGACAGAGGCAUCAGGGAGGCCCCCUGUCCAGGCUCAAGAACACAGAUUAGCAAACCAGGUGUGGCGGUGCAGGCUUGGUGCUCUGGGAGGCUGAGGCAGGAGGACUGCAAACUGGAGCCCAGCCCGGGCAAUUUAGGGACUUGGUGAGACCCUGUGUUCAAUCUCCAGUACAAAAACAGCAAACAAAACAGAAACAAAAACAAACAAAAAACCCUCCACAGGUCUGCAGACAGGAAUCCUCGGGCCUCACUGGAUUUCGCCUGCAGAGAUGGAAGCAGAAACCCACACCUGCCUCUGAGUCCCCAGAUUCUCAGGUCAGGGAGGCUGCAGCUGUUCGGCUCUGGAGGCCGGUGAGAGGGAGUCACAAUGUUGAUCUCCUUGCUCCCCAUGAAGCUCUCCCAGGAGGCCUCACUUUGUCUUCUCAGUUUAUCCCAGAGGAGGCAGAGGCUCCCAGAGGCAGGCGUCUGAGGUCGCAGGGUGUCACCUUCUGAGCCGGCCAGAAGUCCCCAAAGCUUUGCCCUUCCUGUCUCCAUGUUGUACAUGGAAGACUUCAGUACUUGGUCAUUGAAUGAAUGCAACCCUCGCCUGGUCCUAAAUCUGGCCCAGCAAGUCCCCCUCUCAGACGCCUCUGCUUCUCAGCAACUCCCAAACUUGAAUGGCUCGCGCACGAUGCCUACGAUUCUCCUUGGUAAUCCUUGCCAAUUCACCUGUCUUACUGCUGUUCAGAAAACCACUCUGCCAGCCAGGUCUCGGCUUCAUUUACCUGAGCCCAUACCACUGGGUUAUUUUCUGAGCACCUGAGAAAUAUCUGAGUCCUCUGUCAUAGUCCAUGCUACGUCAUAGCUGUGCAUGGUGUGUUCAAAGCAUGGUUCCUGUGUGUGUUACACGUCCUCCGAGCUCCCUUUCAUACUGUUUCGUUCCCAUUUUCUAUUAAGACAGAUUUUUGCUGUAUGGUUCAGGCUGGUCUUACUCGAAGCAAUUCUCCUUCUUCAGCCUCCCGAGUGCUGGCAUUAUAGGUGUGCGCCAUCAAACCUGGCUUCCUUCCGGUUUUAGUGGCUGAGAUGACCCGGGAUCACACAGCCAGGGGUUUCCACAGUCAGGACCUGGUAGAGCUCUGUGACUCAGGGGUUUCUCCGGGGGCAGAUUCCAGCCCUGUGGGGAGGGAGCUUGGUGAGCUUCCAGUGGAGACAGUGGGGACUUCCGGGUCCCACAGACAUCUCAGACUCAGCCUCCGGGGCGGACCUGUGGUUCCUGUGAGAAUGCAUUUGGCAUUGAAGCCUUUACCAGCCACCUUCCUAAUGCAGGCACCUUGAGAACACACCAGUGACCACCACGGUCCCUGUCUGGGGAGUGGGCCACAUAUGCAAGGUGGAGACGGACCAGGGCUCCCAGCUCGAGCUCGCUGGCUUGGUAACCUAAGCCUUCCCUUCAGCAGCCACUGCCUCAGUUUCUUUAUCUGUAAAUCGGGAGAUCCUAGUACCAUCUCUUAGGUCAUGAUGAAGAUCAGAUGAAUUAAUAUCUGCGGGUGCUGGGAUCAGUGGCUGCACAGAAAAGGAGCCACAUGCAAGUGUGAAAUAAAUAAGAGUAAGUCCCGUAUAACUGUCAUGUGAUAGAGAAAGGAUGGAGAGGGGAAGCCCAUUGUGUGUUGGGAGCCCCAAGGAGGAGCCUUCAGCUUGGAGCCCAGGGCCUGGUCUGGGAGGAGGACAGGUGGCUUCUCUUGG